UUGGCGUAUUAGUUAACAUCAUAAAGUAUGGUAAUUAGGUAUCCUGGAUUCCUGUUAUAGGCUAUAGUUUGUAUAUAUGGAAUUUAACAUAGAGAAGCAAUCCACUUCCACCCAGGUUGGAAAGGAUAAUGAAGGAAAAAGUGUUGCUUCGAAGAUACCUUUUCAUCAAUUAUGCAUACUGUUUGAUAAAAUAUACAAGGCUAAAAGUAAUGCAGUAAGAAGACAAGAACUAAAGUUGUUUAUAUCAAAAUGGAGGGAAUUACAAACUAAAUUUCACCAGCCUGGAAAAAUUGAUACAUUAUAUCCAGCUAUAAGACUAAUUUUGCCCCAGUUAGAUAAAGAGCGAGUUUCAUAUGGACUUAAGGAAGUUUUGUUGGCACGACUUUAUGUUGAUGUGAUGGGUUUGUCAAGAACAGGCAAAGAUGCCAAGAAGUUGUUGGAGUUUCGCAAUCCAAAAGUGAACUCUUCAAAUGCAGGUGACUUUGCUGAAACAGCAUACAAACAGUUGCUAUCCAAGAGGUGCAUUGAUAAAGGUAGUUUAAAAAUUUCUGAAAUCAACUUGUAUUUGGAUAAAAUCGCUGUUCAAAGUUCAGAAAAGAAAAAAGAAAUGGUUCGAAAAACUUUUCUGGAAUUGAUUCAAAAGACAUCUGGUGUAGAGCAAAAAUGGAUGAUUCGGAUCAUAUUGAAAGACAUGAAACUUCGGAUGGGACAGAAAGUUAUUCUUGAGGAAAUCCAUCCUGAUGCUGAAGAGGUGUUUAAUGUAACUUCCUCACUAAAACAGGUGUGUGAGCGACUCAAUGAUCCAGAUGUUAGACUUGCUGACACUGAAAUUCAAUUAUUUCAACCAUUUCGUCCCAUGCUUGCCCUUAAUGCAAAUAUUACGGAGGUUGAGAAACUUCUUGGCAAUCAACCAUUUAAAAUCGAAAUCAAAUACGAUGGUGAACGAAGUCAGUUGCAUAAAGAGGGAAAUAGAUAUAAAUAUUUUUCUCGUAGUGGACGAGAAUACUCGACCGUGUUUGGGGAGACGCCAUACACUGGAACACUAACUCCAUUCAUUUACGGUUGUUUCCAUGAGUCUGUAUCCUCGUGUAUAUUGGACGGUGAAAUGAUGGGGUUUGACCCUCAACUUAAUAUAUUUAUGCAGAAAGGAGGAAAAUUUGACAUAAAACACAUAACAGAAGAUUCUGAACUUCAACCUUGUUUUGUUGUGUUUGAUAUUUUGUUACUGAAUCAAGAACGACUGACCAGCAAACCACAAAGUGAAAGGUUCAAGUUGUUCAAUAAACUCAUCCAACCUUUAGAAGGUCGAAUGCAUUUAACUGAAGCUAAGGAAGCUUCAAGCAAUCAAGAGGUAAUGUCAAGUUUGAACGAUGCUAUUGAUAGAAGAGAGGAAGGGAUCAUUGUUAAGAAUCCCAAUGCAAAAUAUUUUCCAAACAAAAGGAAAGGCAGUGGUUGGUUUAAGAUCAAACCCGAGUAUGUUGGUGGUGUGGUGGAUGAUCUGGACCUUGUUAUUAUUGGAGCAACUUUUGGAACAGGUCGUCAUGGCAACAUGUUGUCAAUGUUUCAUCUUGGAGUUGGUGUUCGUGAUUCAGAAGAUUCUUCUGACCCUCCUCGUGUUUUUAAAAGUCUGUGCAGGAUUGGAUCAGGAUACACAGACAAACAGCUCUUACAGCUGGUUGAUAAACUGAAAAAUAAGUUGAAAGUUUUUGAUAAAAAGAAGCAUCCUGACUGGUUGAAAGUAACAAAAGAAAAACCAGAUGUUUAUAUUCAUCCUUGCGAUUCACUGGUUGUUCAGGUUAGAGCAACGGAAAUCAUAUCAUCAUCUUCUUAUGCUGCUCAUUGUACACUUCGAUUUCCUCGUUUAAUUGCAAUACGCGAGGACAAAACUUACCUAGAUGCUCUUGAUACUUCACAACUGGAUAAUCUGAGAAGCAUAGCAGAUGACAAGAAAAAAGUUAAGAAACGAAUUUUCAUUAGUAGUCCUUCCAUGUCUUCACUGCCGCCUUUGGACGAGACAAGAGAUUUGCAAGAGAAGAUGGAUGAACUGAAAACGCUGCAAAACAUUCUUGAUCGGCAAGUAUCAAAACUGCAAGGCUAUUUUGAUAUCCUUAUGGGCAUUGAAGAUGGAGAAUAUACAAAGCCUAAAAACAAAACAGAUGAUUUAAAUAACAAUAGUUCUUCCACUGAGGAUUUGUAUAAAUUGACUGACAAGCUUAAAACAUUGCUUUUAAAUGGAGCAGAUUUGAAAGGUGAUGCAAUCACCUUUAGAGCAACAUCAAACGGUGUUCUAAGCACAAUUUCUCAAUGCCUUCAGUUGGUGAACAAUCGUGAAUUACUAUGGCAAACAAGAUUGAAAACAAUUCAUGAAAAGAAAUUUAGCACCGAUCAUCAGAGAAUUGAAAGUGAGUCGAGUGUUGAAAGUGGGGACGAGGAAGAUGAUAUUUUCUUUGAUCCUGAGGGUGAAGUAGUGGAGCAAAAAGUUACUCAUGAACAUUCUGAAGCUCUGAAUCAAAGGAUUAAGGAGCAUUUAGCUCUUUUAGAUCACUCGGAUCCUGAUGCAAAUGGAUGGGAGCAGAUCACGGAGGAUGGAGAAAUGAAGGUUUACAGGAAGGAGUUGGUGCAAGAUGGUUUAAUUUGUGAUCCAUUGAAAGCAGUUCAUAGUGUUGGUCUGGUAACUGCCAAGGAGAUGUGCCAUUACUUUUGGUUUCCUGAUGUUCGAAGAGAUUGGGAAGAAACUGUGGAUGUUUUUGAUGUUUUAGAAACCCUUGAUGAAGCAACAACCAUCAACUAUCAAACACAUAAGCAAGUAUGGCCUGCUGCUCAACGUGAUUGUUUGUAUCUUUCUUCCAUGGUGAAGGUGGAUAAUCCUCCCAGUGUAGGAGACAAAAUACCCCAUGACACAUGGAUUGUUUGUAACUUCUCUGUUGAUCAUCCUGAAGCAAAUCCCGUCUCUGGAUGUGUAAGAGCACUUAUAGAAGUUGCUUUGAUUUGCCAGACUUUUAUAACCCUACCUAAAGAUGGUGGACCAAUCACAAGGGACUGUCUCCAGUGUGAUAUUAUUUAUGUUGCAAAUGUCAACCCAGGUGGAUGGGCACCUGCUUCUGUGUUACGCUCAAUUUACAAACGGGAAUAUCCAAAGUUUUUAAAUCGCUUUACAAAUUACGUCCAGCAGAAAACCAAAGAUCUAAAACUUUUGUUUUAAUAUUGAUAACCCAUCAAAAACACAAUUUUACACAAUUAAUUAUUUCUUUAAAAAGUUUGGCGAGCAAGUAACCGUUUUUUCCUAUAUUGAUUUUUCUCACAUUCCAUCAUGUUUUUGUUUUCACACCCAAGUGCAAGAUAUAUUUUUUGAAAAACUAAACAUAUAAAGUGAUAAUUCACCUAUUCUAUUUUUUAGCAUCAGUUUCCACAUUGUACAAUUUGACGAAGCUCUUGCUAUUGUUGAUAAUAAUGGAUGAAUGAAUACACUUUGAGAAUAAGAA